AUGACAUCUGGACUCCUAACUCCUAUUCUAAGAAGGAAACUAUCGGAGAAAGCGUUAUCAGUAGACUUAUGUCGACAAUCCAAUACUGGAGCUCGUUCAUACAGUAUUUCAUCAUCUCCCUCACACAAACCUCUGAGACGGAGAAACGACCCGUAUCUACUCCAAAAGCACGAAGCAAGGGGGAGAAAUCUGCUUAGUAGUUCUCUAUCUGGGACUGUUUUAGCUCUAGGAAUAGUUCUGUUGGGACUUGAACUCCAGGUAGAAGUUAAAGCUGAGGAGGAGAGGGUUCAGGAUGACAAGGUUGAAAAAGAAGAGGAGAAUGAGAUGAAAACGGAUGAAGCUGAGAAGGAGGAACAAAAAAAGGAGAAGGUUGGGUUCAGAGACAGAAAAAUAAUUGACUAUGAGAACCGGAUACGGAACUAUUCAACUCCAGAGAAGAUUUUUCGAUAUUUUGCUUCUUACAAGAUCGGAGAAGAGAUAUACAUGACUCCGGAAGAUUUUCUCCGGUCCAUUACUCCUGGUGUGAAGCAACCUGAGGGAAUAGGGUUGGAUCAAUAUCGGAAGUAUUCUGAGGAUCGACAUGAGAAGGAGAAUUCAGAAAUUGAGUUUCAUGAAACCAGUAUUUUUAGGAAGCUGAGUUCUCGAGGUUUAAUCUCUUUCUCUGAUUAUAUUUUCCUGCUCACCAUCCUCUCCACCAGCAGAAGACAGUUUGAGAUUGCUUUCAGGAAAGUGACUUUAAAUCACGUUAACAGUCUUCUUAAGGUUCAGAGUAUACUUCGGGCCGGUACAUCCUGGGCAGGGAGGCACAAGGAAGGACCAGGACAUCAAGGUCAUACCGGGCACAGCGGGCACGCCGGGCAAAGCGGACACUCCGGUCAUCAGUCAGCUAUACUUGUACACUUCUUCGGAGACAAGGGGGACGGAAAACUUACAAUCGAUCAGUUUCUAGAAUUUCAAGACGAGUUACAGAGUGAAAUCCUGAGGCUGGAGUUUGAACGAAAGGAACCGAACGAGGACGGCUUUAUCUCUGAGAAACAGUUUGCCGAACUUCUAUUAACCUAUGCUGAUUAUUCUCCAAGAAAACGAACUAUAGUUCUCAAACGAAUAAAAAAAUUAUUCAAGGAAGAUGGUAUCGGUAUAUCUGUGGAUGAUUAUAUGAAAAUCUUCCAAGUUCUAGUUCAUAUAGAAGAUAUAGAUAAAGCUCUAACCUACCACCAUCUUGCUGGUUCAUCUAUUAAACCUGAUACUCUGCUCCAUGUAGCUAAGGUUUGUGCCAAUGUUGAUUUAUCUGAACAUGUUGUACGAGUUCUGUUUGCCAUCUUCGACGAGGACGGAGACGGAGCACUGAGUAAAAAAGAAUUUAUAUCAGUGAUGAGAAACAAAUUAAAGCGAGGACUGGAGAAACCUAAAGAUACAGGAGUAACAAAUCUUAUCUCUUCUUUGUAUACUUGUGCUACGGAGAGAUUUCGUCAAUAAACCCAUGAUUUCA